AUGUUUGUUCUGAUUGCUCCGUUAUUUUUAAUAUUAUCUUCUGCUGAAGCAAUAUUAAAUAUUGAUCCACUUACAGAUCUGAGUACUGAACAGUCAUUAAGUAGUUGUGCUGCUGAAUUGUGUCGAUUCUAUUUUAGGGACCAAUUUAAUGAAAGCGUUAUUGUGAUUUUCGAAAAUUCUACGAACUUUUCGCCUCUCCGUUCAUUUUUAGUCAAUGAAUUAGCCAAUAAAAAUAAACCUUGCUAUAUAAUAUUUUUGAACAAAUCAAUAUUAAGAAGCAAAUCAACAAGAGUGUUCAAACAUCUAUUAAUAGAAAUAUCAUCUGUCGAUAAAUUCAAAGAAACUAUUGAAAUGAUCAAAGUGCUACCUAGUUGGAACCCUAAAGCUAACUUUUUAAUUAUAUCUUUUACAGCAUUCGAAGAUUCCAAGGUAACAUCUAAUAUCAUUUUCACCAUACUUUGGAAAGAGGCUAUUGUACCAAUGGCUGUUAUACUAAUAGAUCAAAAAAAUUUAACAAACUUCAAUAUCUUUACAAGAUCUUCCAUGUACGAUCUAAAUAUAGAUAUCUCAGAGUUGAAUAUAUGUAGACGAUUUAGAGGAGAAAAUAUAACUUAUGAUAAAAUAGUAACGAAGAAAAUGGACACGUUUAAAAAAGUUAGAGUUAAAUUCUUCCCAUGGCCUCCUUUUAGUAUGUAUGACGGUCAACCGGGAAUAGAGAUAAGGCUGAUAGAGACAUUAGCAAAAACAUGUAAACUUACUGUGGAGUAUUAUGAAAUUGAUCCAAGAUAUCCUAGCGGGGAGGUUUUCGCCAAUGGGACUCUAACAAAGGAGUUCAAAGAGUUAUCUGAUAACAAGUUCGAUAUAAUAUUUGGUGGAUAUAAGUUAACAUACGGAAGAAUAUUGUACCUGAGUCCUAGUAUUUCAUAUUACUAUGACGAAUUAUUAUGGUGCGUCCCAAGCAAAAAAUAUUAUCAAGUUAACAUAUACAUUCAAAAGAUGGUAAUCUUACUUAGUUUACUAAUAUUAUUAGUAUUAAUAGUUUUGAUUUGGUAUACUAACAGAAGCGAAGAACCAAAAUUAAGAUUUGAUGCAUCUAUCGAUGGUAUCGUUGUAAAAGCAUUUGCCAUUUGCUUGCACAUUGCGAUUACGCGCUUACCAAGAACUGGCAGGUUAAGAUACUUUGUGGGUUUAUUAGUUAUUUUUGCAUUUUUUUGCAAUAUCAUGUUUACCACGAAAAUAACCAGUUUCUUUAUAAAAAGGGAGCCAUGCCAGAUGUAUGAUUCAAUGUCUAAAAUAUAUCAACAUAAUUUAAAAACUUAUUUUGUGACAAAUUCCUUAAGAUAUUUCAGUAAUGAUUUUAUUGAGGGAAUAUCCAGAGAUGAGAUAGUAAAGAAGAAAAUUGAUUGUCACGAUUCCCUAGAAUGUUUAAAAUUUAUUCAAGAAGGACUCUCUGCUUUCUUGACUACGAAAAGUAAUACUGAAUAUUUUCUAAAUACGAAACAAGUUGAUAAAGAAUCUAUAUAUUGCUUUCAUUAUUCAUAUGGAAGUUCUAUCUCUUUGAUAAUGAGGAAAGGUUUUUUGUAUAUUAAUGAAUUUAAUACGAUUAUUCACCAAUUACUAUCUGCAGGAGUAGUUCAGAAAUGGAAACAAGAAAUUUUUUCCGUGAACAAUAAAGAUCAAAAAGAACUUGAAGUUGAGAAAUUGAAACUGCAAGACAUUGUUGUAAUAUUUUAUAUACUAAUAUUUGGUUGCAUUUGUUCAUGUCUAGUAUUUCUUUGUGAAAUAUACAAGAUUUAGAACCAGUGACGGUUUAACCUAACUUAAUAGCUUAGUCCUUGAGAAGCAAAUAAUUUAAUUGUGACAACAACUCUUCUUAGCAUCUUUACUCAAUAGUCAGCUUCGCGUUCUACA